CUUUGAAGCAUUUAUUAAUUAAGAGUUUUCUCUCAUUUUUUUUUCGAAUCCAACCAAAAUGUUCUCACGCAAUUUCAUUCGCCGAUGGGUGAAUAAGGAAACUAAAGUGAUUUGCCAGGGUAUGACUGGUUCUGCGGGAACCUUUCACACUAAGCAGUCAAUCGCUUACGGAACAAAAAUGGUUGGAGGAGUAAACCCCAAGAAAGCCGGCUCAAUUCAUCUUGGUUUGCCAAUCUUUACAAACGUUCGAGAAGCUGUAAAAGCCACAGGUGCUACCGCCUCUGUCAUAUACGUUCCCUCUUCCUUCUGCGCAGCAGCUGUUGAGGAGGCUCUGGAUGCUGAAGUUCCUUUGGUCGUUGUUAUUACUGAAGGUAUUCCUCAAUGGGAUAUGCUUCGAAUCAAGUCUAUGCUUCUUUCCCAAAACAAGACCCGUUUGAUUGGUCCCAACUGUCCUGGAAUCAUUAAGCCUGAUGAGUGCAAGAUCGGUAUUAUGCCAGGCCACAUUCAUAAGAAGGGUCGUAUUGGUGUUGUCUCGCGCAGCGGCACCCUCACCUACGAAGCGGUGGCUCAGACGACAGAAGUGGGACUGGGUCAGUCGCUAUGUGUCGGGAUCGGAGGGGAUCCUUUCAACGGUACAAAUAUGACGGACUGCCUUAAGUUUUUCCUCAAUGAUCCUGAGACAGAAGGCAUCAUUCUCAUUGGUGAGAUCGGUGGUACUGCCGAGGAAGAAGCUGCAGAGUUUAUCAAAAACAGCCCCAUAAAGAAGCCGGUCGUUUCAUUCAUUGCUGGGGCAACUGCUCCACCAGGGCGUCGUAUGGGUCACGCAGGUGCGGUGGUGUCUGGCGGGAUGGGCACUGCUAAAGGUAAGACGGAUGCGCUCAUGGCAGCAGGUGUGACUAUUUCACAUUCACCGGCUCAGCUCGGCAAGCAUAUGUUGGAGGCUCUCAAUAAAAAGGCUUCUAAUUGAAUUCAUUUCUGAAUAUUGAGGGUAAUAUUAUCAAAUCAUUGGUAUUCGAGUAUAUUAAUUGAGGACUAAAAUGCAUGUGCAUUUAGCUGUUAUGAAAUGUCGUUUACUUUCUCUCAUUUUUUUCUUCAAAUUAAUUCAUUAGUAAUUGCUUUCGUGCAGAUACUGAUCAAUAUAUAGCAAUUAUCUAAUAAUAACUAGACUUCUUUUUUGAACAAAAAAGUCACUAGUGAAUAUCAUUAAUGUUACUCUAUAUAUGGUAAAAGUGAAGUGUAUAGCUUAAGGAAAUAGCAAAACGAAUAAAAAUAUAGCGUUUUGUUGGUAAAGGAGAAAAGUACAUCAAUAAGAUAAAAUAUAUCAGAGUUUUCUAAUCCUAUAAUAUGAAGGGAAAAAAGUGAUUGAUUGAAAUGAGUUAUAAGCUACUGUGGUACGUAGUAGUAUAUAUGAUGUCGAUUUGGCAGUACAGGUGUUGUUUGUACCCCAGUGCUUUGUAACAUGCAAACAUCUAGUUAGAGUUUAAUGGUCUUUGUGAAGAUUAAGGGUGAUAUUACAUUCAAACCUCUUGGUUGAAGAUAAUUUGUACUUGUCUGCCAUUGUUUAGCGUCGUCAGUUCAAGUCUAUGAUAAUAUUGAGGUAAUAUUAUAUUUACUAAGUUUUUUCUGUCUAAACGAAUAUCU